UUGAGUGGCAGGCACACUCUGAAGCUCGAGUGUCGCAAGUGCUGGAGGAGGGCGAAUCUGGGGUCAGGUUUUGCAAUAAAAAGAAAUGGCUCUCCGGGUUAUUAGGCUGCUUACCCCGUUAGGUUCAGCCUCACUGACCGCCUCGACUCGGACCGGAAUCACAGUACAAUCAGCACGGAUCCAUGUUGGUGCCCAGAAUAAUCUGCAGUAUGGCUGGUGGGCCUAUGCACUGGGUGAGAGAACCACUCCCAGGUUCAAGGAGAACAGCAAGAUCAUCACUAUCGAUGGGAACCUGGCCUCUGGGAAGGGAGCGCUGGCACACAAACUUGCAGACAAGCUAGGCAUGCUGUACAUUCCUGAGCCUGAUGCUUAUUACUGGGACCGGAAGAUGGGGGAGAAGGAGCUGCUUGACACCAGGUUUAAUGGGAACUGCAGCCUGGAGAAGUUCUACAAAGACCCCAAAUGUGCCGAUGGGAACUCCUACCGCCUGCAGUCCUGGAUGUAUCACAUUCGCCUACUCCAGUACUCCGAUGCGCUGGAACAUCUCCUCACCACAGGCCAAGGUGUAGUGCUGGAGCGAUCUCCCUUCAGUGACAUGGUGUUCUUGGAGGCGCUGUACAAGCAAGGCUACAUCAGGAAAGAGUGUGUGGAUCACUAUAAUGAGAUCAAGGGGAUCAGUAUCUGCGAGUUCUUGCCCCCGCACCUGACCAUUUACGUUGAUGUCCCUGCAGAGGAGGUGCAUAAGAAACUCCAGCAGUCUGGCAAGAAUGUUCCUGUGGCCUACCUGAAGAGUGUAGAGGAUGCCUACAAGAAGACUUUCCUCCCCCAGAUAAGUGAGACGUCAGAGGUUCUUGCAUAUGAUGGAACUCAGUCCCAGGAUAUUGAGAGGGUGGCUGAAGAUAUUGAGUACCUGAAAUUUGAAAAGGGGCCUUGGUUGGAGCAGGAUGAUGUCACCUUCCAUUACAUCCGGAUGCUGGUUGAGGAUAAGCAGAAAGUGGCAGACCUGACCUGUAUCCCCCGAUAUCUUCCAGAAGUGACGAUUGGUGCCCAUGACUAUGAUGAGGCCUAUUAUGCUUUCAAAUCGCUUCCUGGUAAGAGGUUUAGCCCAGGUUACAACGAGGACGUCGGAGACAAAUAUAUCUGGUUGAAAUAAAAUAAGCGGCUGUUUUGGAAAGCCAUUGAAAGAUGACGACUGCAGGAACAGAUGGAUCCCGGGAUCAAAUCUGAGUUUUGAACGGGACCUCAGGUAAACAUUAGAUGAUGCCUGGGGCCUGGAUUAAAUUACAAUGAUGGCAAUGCUAUAGCUACGGCAGCGGCAUAACUUGUAUUUAGUUCUGGUACAAAUUUCAGUAUUCUCUUGUCGUUUCAGAUUGUAUUAUAUCUCUUAAUAAACUUAAUUAUUAAAAUA